AUGGGUGUAUUCUUCCUCAUGGUUCCCCCCCUCUUUUCAACCAUGCUGCAGUACGAGCCAGAGCUUUUCCCUGGCUUGAUAUACCGCAUGAAGCAGCCCAAGAUCGUGCUCCUCAUUUUCGUGUCAGGGAAGAUCGUUCUUACUGGUGCUAAGGUGCGAGAUGAGAUAUACCAGGCGUUCGAGAACAUCUAUCCAGUGCUCAACCUAUACAGGAAAAUACAAGCAGAGCCACUGCCACCUCCUGCCGACUCAUGA